GUCGUGAAGGCGUGCCGUUGGAGUAGUGGCUGUCCAGCGUUGUGACCUUGCUGAAUCUCGUCACCACGCGGGCUGCGCCACUCUUGCGUGGCAGAAAAGAUCGCCAAGCGACAAGAAACGAGGCACAAACACGCUGCUCUUUGACAGCACUCUGGCAGGUGUUUGGCAACCCGAUCUGAUCACUUCGCCGGUUCCUCGCGUACACCUUUGACCAGCUUGUGUUUCAGCAUGCUUUGCAGAAAAUCUUUCUGCUCUCUGCUCAGCCCUCCAGCGACAUAGGUACAAUGGCGUCGACUCCUGGCGUGCCACCGCUGCCACCACGGCACCCCAGGACGACCACGUCCCAAUCAGGCAACUACUCCUCUUCCGCUCUUCUCCCAUCAUCAGACGAUCCAAGAAGGUCGUCGACGCAGUCAUUGCUGCCUCAAGAGCCUUACACAGUCGAGAAGCGCACCUUGUUGUUGAUUUAUAUCCAUGGAUUCAUGGGAACAGAGACGUCGUUCAGAAGCUUUCCAGCCCAUGUACACAAUCUUGUAACCAUCACAUUAGCGGACAGUCAUGUGGUUCACACAAAGAUCUAUCCUCGCUAUCGGUCGCGAAGAACCAUUGAGCAAGUUGCAGAAGACUUCAGUAAAUGGUUGAGCCCUCACGAAAGCGCAGAUACAGAUGUCAUCUUGCUAAGCCAUUCAAUGGGUGGCUUGGUUGCUACCGAAGUCGAGCUUUUGCCCGCAGAUACAAUCACUGCAGGUCACACGUUUCGCCAUCGCAUCAUUGGCAACAUCAACUUCGAUGUUCCGUACUUGGGAAUGCAUCCUGGCGUUGUCGGCACUGGUCUCGGAAGUGUGUUCCAAACUGCGCCACAGCCAACGGAGCCUUUGCACGAUGCUGAUGGCAGUACCCUUUCUACUGUGUCCAGCAUCACAGCGGAUAGCCUAAGCACUGAGAGUUCCAAUAGACCGAGUCUCCAGGAUACUCUUUUUUCACCACCAACAGAUCCAAAUUUCAAUCCUAAGUUCGCCAACGAUGUGAUUCUGCCGGUUCGAAGAGGUUGGCAAAAUGCCGUGCAUUUCGUGAACAAGCAUUCAGACAACCUACGCAAGGCCACCAAACAGCUUGUUAAAUCACAUAUGGAGUUCGGAGGCGCAAUGGCCGAUUAUUCGGCCCUCCGUUCGAGAUACACAAAGAUUCGUGCAUUGGAGGAUGAAGACGUCACCGUUCGGAAAAGACUCGCAGGUCAAAGCGAGGAUCCGCCCCGGUUACGUUUUGUCAACUACUACACUGCUAGUACCGGGCGAAAAAAAAGAGAAAAAUCCAGAUCUAGAUCGAGAUCCAGGUCUAGGUCGCCGUGCGACCCGCACUUGUGCUCUAUAACGCCUCUCGGGCAAUCGCUUCACAGCAGUAGUCUAUCAACUCAGUCUGUAAACUCACAGUCCUUGUCCCUCAGUCAGUGUAUAUCUGUAGAAGAGCACGUGGGAAGCUCUGAUAUUUAUAAAGGCGGCCUUGACUUGAGAUCGCCCGUCGGAGAGGCCACUACAGCUGCAGCUUUCAAUUCUGGUCAUCAAGAAAGCUUUGAAAUUGAUUCCUCUACGACCAGUGUCCAUGUUCAAAUGCCAAAUCUGCCGCCUUUGCCUCCCCCUCCCAUAGAACCAAUGCUCGUGGACCUGACACCAUACCCGGACGAAGAAGCUCGAAAAAUUAUCUGCAAAGAGAAUGAUCGUCAACUUCGAGCAUAUAGACAGGCUCUGGCAGAUCGAGAAGAGGCAAUUAGAGAUCGAAAAGAACUCGAGGACAAGCUUAGAAGGCUAGCCAUCGCGAAGCAUAAAGAGGAGCGUACAAAAGCAUGUCAAGAUUCUCCGGCUCUCGAUCAAGAAAUGGCUUUAGCCAUUAAAAAAUCCAAUUCUACAGAAGGAGAACUGCUACAAACUGAAAGAUUGAAGGGCGGAACAGCGGAAACAGAGAGUCUACGUGAAUCGGGGCCUUCCACAUGUGAUUCAAACCAAAUGUCGUUGGAUCACUUGGCCAUGAUUCCAACUGAAGAGAAACAAAAAUUACCAGCAGUACAGAAGGCAGGAGGGGAGGUCAAAAAGGACCGGAAGUUCUGCAUCUUGCCAAAGAAGAUUAACGGUGAGCGUGACCCACUAUGGGUUCGUGUCUGUAUGGACGGCCACGACGAGGUUAGUGCUCACACGGGCCUGUUCUUCCUCAGUGACACAUACGAGAAGCUCGUCGGUGAUGUUGUAGCCAGAAUAGAGGAAUGGGUUAGAGAUGAUAUGACGAGACGUAUGAUCGAUGAGUUCAAACGUUAGAAUUAAGCUCCUAUGUUUGGCACUGGAUCUGAGAACACCUCCUGUCGCUCUAGAGGUGGUAGCGGCUAUUACCUGAAGAAUGCAAAACGCACGAGUAUCAACAAAGCUUCAAUUACGGCAUAACUUUCUUUCGUUCGAGUCUUUGGACGCGUUGCAAAGAAAUACUCUACCAGGCAGGAGGCGCACGUCCGCUUCAGCGUCACGUGCAGUAGCCGUAGACCUACAGUCCAAGUUGAACCUUAAAACUACUAGCUAAACCUGCUUGAAUCAGUC